AGCUACCUCAUCAAAGAAAAGGCCUUGAUCCUGUAUGAGAAGCUACUACGCAUUCCCGGUUACAUGAACUCCACAAUAUGUUCCCUUAUCAAAGAAAAGGCCUUGAUCCUAAUCAAUAGGCUCCCUUAUCAAAGAGAAGGCCUUGAUCCUAUAUCAGUGUGUUCCCUUACAGAAAAGGCCUUGAUCCUGUAUGAGAAGCUACUGCGCAUUGAAGAAAAGACCUUGAUCCUCUAUGAGAAACUACUAUGCAUUCCCAUGGACAAGUUCUUCAACAAGUAUGAGAAUAGAUCAAGACAUCUGAAAACGCAAUCUGGUCUAAUGCAGAAAACCAUAGAACUGAAGAAAUCAAACACCCCUCAAGAGCAAAUGCGCACUCUGGCUCUUGAGACAAUCGAUGUCAUCUAUCCUUCAGAUCUAUGGCUCCAAGUCUACACUGAUGGGUCAUUCAUAGAAAGCCAAGCAAACGUUGGUGCAGGUGACAAUUCUGAACUCUUCUCUUUCUACGCAGCAGCGGGACAUAAUAGAUCCGCUUUCGAAGCUAUAAGG